CCUGUAAAGGACAUGCCUCCCGUAAAAGAUGAAAUGAUCAGAGAAAUUAAUUGUUUGGAGAUAAACUUAACUGAGAAAAGCCCAGCGAAGAAUAGUGCACUUGUCGAUGUGAGAGCGUGUAAUAAACCUGCCGCUAAGUGGUCCCUUUGCCGCUCGUGAUGUGGACGACUGAUUUUUAUGUUCCUUAUGUACUUUAUGUUUUAUAAAAUGCACAAAUUGUAUUCAUAGUUGAGUGCUGGAUCUAUGUAGUGCAUGCUUAAAACGCACCUGAAUACCGGCGCCGAAAUGACUAACUCGCAGGUGUGGUUUCGAGGCGUGAGAAGCUCAAAAUUUCGCCAUGUUUACGGUGUGCCAUUCAAAAGAGAGCGAUGCUAUGAUAAUAUUAAGAUCACUAGGAAUGCGCACGAUUCAAAUUUUUGCGCCGUAAAUCCCAAGUUUGUGGCAAUCGUGACAGAGGUCGCCGGGGGCGGAGCCUUUCUUGUCCUACCCUUAGAUCAUACCGGGCGUCUAGACUUCAAUGCGAGCCGGGUUACCGGCCACAAAGGGCCCGUACUCGACAUCAAGUGGAACCCGUUCAACGAUAACAUCAUAGCGUCCUGUUCCGAUGAUUGCACGGUGAAACUGUGGCACAUACCAGAUGGCGGUCUUUCUAUGCACCUCACCGACUGGCUGGUAGAACUGCAUGGCCACAAGCGGCGGGUAGCGUACAUCGAAUGGCAUCCGACCGCUGAAAACAUUCUGCUCAGCGCUGGAUUUGAUUAUUUGAUUUUCGUGUGGGAUGUCGGUAAAGGAGAGGCGGUGAAGGUGAUCGACUGCCACAGUGACGUCAUCUACUGCAUGUCGUUCAAUCGGGACGGCUCGCUCUUGGCCACCACCUGCAAGGAUAAGAAGCUGCGAGUGAUCGAACCUAGGCGCGGUAUAGUGCUCUCUGAGGGGCAAUGCCACACGGGCACCAAAGCGUCCAAGUGCACGUUCCUCGGCAACCAGGGGCGCGUGCUCACCACCGGCUUCUCGCGGUACAGCGACCGGCAGUACGCCGUGUGGGAGCAGCACGACCUCACGCGCCCGCUCGUCUGCGAGACCAUCGACAGCUCCUCGGGCGUCGUCUUCCCUUACUACGAUUAUGAUACUAAUAUGGUAUAUCUUGCGGGCAAGGGUGAUGGCAACAUUCGGUACUAUGAAGUAGUUGAUGAAGCGCCAUACGUUCAUUUCCUCAAUCAAUUUCUUUCUGGCAACCCACAGCGCGGUCUCGGGUUCAUGCCCAAGCGCGGCGUGAACACGGCGGCGUGCGAAGUGUUCCGCUUCUACAAGCUGCACACGUCGCGCGGCCUCUGCGAGCCGAUCUCCAUGAUUGUGCCCAGGAAGUCGGACUGUUUUCAGGAAGACUUAUACCCGGACACGGCGGCGCCGCAACCGGCUCUGAGUGCGCGGGACUGGCUCAGCGGCAUGAACGCACCACCACUGCUCAUCAGCUUGAAGACCGGCGUGACGAUCUCGACGCACAAGCCGCGGCAGAGCGGCAAGAGCGCGCCGGCGCUGCAGCCGCAGGACGCCAACAACCGCAAGAAGUUCGCGUUCCUCUCGCGCGAGACCACGCCCGACUACCGCCCGCUCGCCACCUGGCAGCCCGACCGCGCCGCCGACGCCGACGCGCAGGUGACCGAGAAAUCGGCGAAGACGAGCGCCAACCAGAGCGCCAAGUUCCACCAGCUGCAGCGCAUGUUCGGCAAGCAGCCGCCCGGCGCCGAGCCCGUGCCGCUCUACAAGCAGAUCAGCCAGGGCGACGUGUUCGCCACCGAGCACGAGUUACGACUCGCGUUCAACCGCCAAGGCGAAGAAUUGCGCAUUGUCAAACGGCAGCUCCAAAUCAGCCAACAGCGUGUCCGUGAAUUGGAACAACAUAUCGCGAUGUUGCAAGCGAAGGUUCCGCAAAAUUAAAUGAAAAAUUUGUAAAUCGAACACCGAUUUACUAUCAAAUGUUCGGCUUUAGUACGCCUUUGAAAUGUUUCUCCUGUUUGCAUUUUUAUGGCUCAUAUUGUACUAUUAUUUUUUAAUUCACAUAUCGAGUGUGAUUGGAUACUUGAUUCAAACUAUGCGAAUUCCGAAUUGCUGUGUUUAUUCGUGUCGAUUCUCAUCAUUGUUACGCGAUAUAUGCGUCUUUAUUGAACGGGCUAAACCGCUAGUUUCUCUAGAUCUUAAGGGAUAUGAAAAGUUUUAAGUUGGUUCAGUAGCCAUUUGUUUAGACUUAAGCAUUUGUCGUUCACUUAGUGUUGUGGCUGGCCACAAACUGUGCUUGGCUUAAGUUGAUUGAUAAGUAUUAUUAGGCCUUAUUUUUACAAUGUGUGAUGUUUUUCACUUUGCUAUGUAUGUGAUUGUUUAAAGUUGUGUUAGUGAAUGUGUUUUAAUGUGACUAUUUUAAUUAAUAUUGUGUUAUUAUUUGAUUAUUGAAAAAUUAAGUCGUUUUUAUAUAAUAUUUUAAUAAUGCUUUCAUGGCUUUAGUACGUAUGUAUUACAUAUAUAUUAUGUAUAAAAUCGGAUUUAUUCAGACACAAUGGAUAUACAAAGAAUUUGGCAUUAAACAUUUUACAUUCAUUCCAAUAUUUUAUAAUAAAUUUGUGGCCUAUAUGUCUCGGCUAACUCGACUGAAGCUCUAUGUGAUAACUUCAUGACAUUCAAAGAAAUGCGAUGUGGUUGUGUGUAUGUGGCCAUUUUUUGUUUCAUGACAAUAUCAUACAAUAUUUUUAAUGUACGUGCAAUGUAAUUUCAGGGUUUUUUUUAUCUAUAGUUAAGUUUAUGCACUGUUUGGAAUGCACGAAAUUGUAUAUUAUUUCAAUUUCAUCAAUUUGAUUUAUUGUUGGCGAUGAUUUAGUCUGAAUUACUUUCAAUGAUUACUUGUUUGUGUUAUUUUAUAUUAUUAAGUUUACUAUUUUUGUUAGGUAGCAUUUUACGAUCAUUUUCGAUGGUAGUUUUGUGUAUUUUAAGGUUUUGAUACUUUACAUUUCUCGUACUCUUGUAUUCCUCGAUGCAUUUUAUUUCGAUGAUAGUUUAUGUUGUGAAUGUUCUUCAAUGGUUUAUGAAAACUUAAACAAUAUUGUACAAAAAAGUUACCUGAACCAUUUUUAUAAUCUACAGUAGCUUUAGAUUUUGAUAUUAUUUAAGAAGUAUUUUGAUAGGUGCUAGAUGUAACAAGCCUUGAGCAAAAUUAUAAUAAAUUUUAUUUUAUGUGGCCUUUAAAAACUUUUGAAAUGACAAUUUUUGUUGGAAGGAUAUUUUUAUUCUUUACGAAAUGUGGAAUCUAAAAAAAUAAUAAUACGAAAUAGCAUGAUUUUUAUUUGUAGAUUAUGGUUAAAUGGCAUUUUAUUUUGUAAUCAGAUUGUACUGUAAUUCACAAUAAUUUUAGUAGAAAUUUCUACUUUGACAUUCCAAUAUGAAUACUUUGAUAAAGUUUAAGUGAAAUGAUUGAGUAUUAUAGCAUAUUAGCUGAGAUAGUUUAGUUUCGCUAAGUCAAUGUUAAUAUUUAUUGUGUAUUUUUAUAUCAAGCUU